CACGACUGCAAGAAAUGCUCGCAUCUCUACGUCUUCAUUGCUAGAGCCAACCAUAAAGCCUCAGACGGCGGUCCACUAGCUUCUCCGUGCCAUUGCUGCGAUUGCGGGAAUAGUCAGUCAACUCAGUUCAGAUACCUACGCAGAGUUUGCUCCAUCCUGCGUCCCGCCUCUUGCUGUCACUUGUGCCAAGUUUUUUGGACCGCCUCUGCUGAGCCUCAAAGCUCUCUGAAGGAUCGAGAACACAGUAAUGGCUCCUCCACCACCGUCGAUCGAUUUGCUACUCAACCUCAUCGACACACGGCCAAAGGCUAUCCUCACAUCUCUGGCCCAAUAUCCACAUCUCGCUUCUGCAUCUGACUCACAUGGCUACUCGCUAGUGCAUGCUGCUGCGUCAUAUAAUCAGCUUGAAGUCCUCCGCGAGCUUGUUCAGAAGUACCAUGUCAACGUGAACUUGCUCGACGAGGACGGCGAGAGCCCCCUGUUCGCUGCGGAGAAUGCAGAAGUGGCAAGAUGUCUGGUCGAAGAGCUGGGGGCGGACUGGGAGAUGAGGAACUCCGAGGGAAGGACAGCUGAGGAGAAGAUGGUCGAGGAGGACGAGGCGCAUGAGGUUUGCCGGUAUCUAAACGGACUACGGGAUGGUGGUGGUCGAGUGAACAGCGGCGAGCUGCCAGCCAACCAAGCCCAUCCAUUGCCGCCGCCGCCUCCUAAUGGCGUGAAGAUCAACGUUGGGAUGAUGGAAGAAGCUGUUGCUGGAGAGACUCCAGACCCAGAAUUCAGGCGACGGAUCGAGGAACUUGCAUCGCGUGAAGAUUUUCAGGGCGAGGAAGGUCAGAGACAACUGAGAGAGUUGGUGACUGAAGCUGUGACGGGGUUGGGAACGGACCAGACGGGCCGCAGUGUGAGGAGGAGAAUGGAAUGAGACCCCUGAUGAGCACCAAUUCUUGGCAUUAAGACUGACGCGUAACCGCAAUGCGAGUGUGGGGAGGCUGGAACAAAGAAGUUUAGACGGAUGAUUAAUGGGCCAAGCUUUCAUGCAUUCAGUUC